AGCGGACAUCGAUCCGUGAGUGUAUUGCUUAACCAACCCCAUACCCGCCGUCUUUCAAAGCGCCCAUGGCCUGGGAUUCCAAAACAAGGAACCGCGGGAGCAGCAGCGCCUCGGGCGCCGCCCGGGGGGUCCUCCCCCUGCACCCCAAACAGGCCAAACAAGCCACAAUCCAGCCCAAUUCCGCUCACGUGGCCGACCCCUUUCUGGAGGACUUCCUCGAUCCGUCGUCCUUCGACCCCGUGGCCUAUCUCAACUCGGUGCUGCCCCCGCUGCAGCCCAGCACCGGCAGCAGCGGCGGCAGCGGCGGACGCUCCUCAGCGACGGGCCGCGGCGGGGGGAGCCAGCAGCAGCAGCCGGUCACGCUGGCCGAGCUGUCGGCCCAGGCCCAGACCCAGGUGUCGCAGCUCAACGCGCACACCACCAGGCUAGCCAACACGCUCACCCAACUGACUGACGAGAUACUGCGUAGCGGCAGCCGCCUCGCCUACGAGGUCGAGCUCCUGCGCGGCGAGACCCUCGGCCUCGCCGAGACCCUGGCUGAGGGCCUGCAGGACGACAUUGCCAAGUUCGUUCCGGGAGGCAUCGCGGCCCAUCAGCAGCAGCAGCAGCAGCAGCAGCAGCAACAACAGCAGGCCCGCCCCAAGUCUUCAGGAGGCGUUUCUGCCGGUGCGGAGCCUCAGCCUUCCGAGGGCCCACCGGGAACACCGGCUACAGCGACGGCAGGCGACGCGACGGCGACAGCAACAGCCGCGCCGGACGCCGGCCCGCAGCGGCCGCCGGAGCCGCCCUACAUCGCGCGGCUGCGCACGCUGACGUUGGUGCGCGCGCGCCUCGACUCGGUCAUCAAGACGUUCGGCGAGGCCAUGGAGUUCGUGUUCCCGCCGUCAGAGGUCUCGGUCAGCUCCUCGUUCCUGUCCGUCUCAGCCCCGGACCCGGGCAAGGAGGCCCACAGCACUGAGGAGAAGGGCCAGCAGGUGCUCAAGAGGCUCCGCGACGAGAUCUCGUCCCUGCUCGCGACUUCCGACGGCCAGGGGCACGCCGGCGGCGCGGACCCCACCAAGGGCAUCGAGGACGCCGCCCGCCGCAUAGAGGAGCUCAAGGAGCUCAACAAGGUGUGGCGGGGCACCGCCGAGGAGAAGGGCCGCGCCAAGUUCAUCGAGGGUCUCGCCAAGCUCGUCGAGGACAGGCAUCGGGACCUCCUCCGAGAGAUGGACGCGGCCAAGCGGGACGGCGCCGCGUCGUCUUCGGCCGCGGACGGCUCUGCUUCUGGGGCCCUCAAGAAGUCUCAAGCCGCUGGCGGCGAUCCCUCGCCGGCCGAGUCCAGAGGCUACGGUGGCGGCUAUGGGUUUAUAAGCCAGUUACAGAAGAUACGGAGUGGGCUCUGAGAGGGGGGGCUAUUAUCGAUUGCGAAUUUAUUGUUCAAUAUCCUUCAUCAAAUACCAUGAUCUUGGCGUGGCACUGCAAGUCCUCAUAAUGGCUACCAAGUUCAUCAAGAGCCGCCCUUGAUAUCUUACGUCCAUUACCUUCACUCUGGGGGCAGCCAUGACAGGUAGCCAGAUGUGGCAUAGUGACCGUCUUAGGCUGAUGCAGGGUGAAAAAGCAACUAUCUGGGAUGUAGAUGACAGCUGCCAAUUACCUAACGUAUUUGUUACAUGGACCAAUGGGAAGGCCACGGCAUUCCAAGCCGCAUCAUCUAUCACUACUGUCCAAUAAUUUGCACUGAUGGGUUGUCGUCAAGAGUCUUGUGGGCACAUUUCGCCUGUCAAAGAGUUAUCUUCUGCCCCUAUAUAGAAGCUGAUCUAGUCGGGCGGAUUUUAUAGCUCGCUCACACUCUGGCAAGUUGCCUACCUGUUUAUUUUUCCUCCUUUACUUUGUGCAACCCGGUGCGGAAUACUUGCAGAUUGCACAGACCAUAUGUGACGGAACAUGGAUGAGAUAUAUCCAGACCGCAAACGUCUGAUCAUGGUGCGAUACCUCUUGGUAAUUAGUGGCAGCCCGGCCAAUGCUGGGUGAUGUGUCUAUGGGUAGAUUUAUGCGUCGUUGAUAGGAGAAUAAAAUGUGCAAAAUCAGUUUACCGCCCUGCAAGGUUUUUUUUUUUUUUU